UGAAAAUGUCAAAACAUGGGGUAUGUUGUAUAUAAAAUUGCAGUGGUAAAAGUGUUCUUAAAUGCUCCCAAAAUGUCCCAGAAUGCAGGAAAUGAAGCACUGAAUUUCAAAAUUUUCAGGGGAAGCAUGCUCCCCAACCCCGCUUGCUAGUACCCUACUUUUCUAUUUCAGUCAGCUGUUUUUUUAUAAUGGGUGCCCACCAAUCUGAAAAUGCUUCCUACGGGCCUGCAAUGGUAAAAACGGUUGGAAAAUGGUUGUGCCGGGAUACUAUAUUGUUUUGAGAGAGAAAAGAAUCCAAGUUUUCAGUCAAAUCUAUAAGAUGUUAAAGUAAACCUUUGGAGAGAAAAUACCGAAGUCCCUUCUGGGGCUCGAACCCCGGACACCUAACCACGUCGCUAAAGGGUUAACCCAACAGCAAGGCUGUUGGAAGUGGCCUAUAAACCUUCUAUCACUACACUUCUCUCCCUUUACUUUUCAGAGCUUACCAGUUCUCCAGAAUGACACUCUAUGCCCACCGCAUGAGUCCGUCAAACACUUCUGACACCAUUAAAGUAAACCCUGGGAGAGAAAAUACCAAAGUCCCUUCUGGGGCUCGAACCCCGGACCUCGUGAUCCUUAGGCAGACACUAACCACGUCGCUAAAGGGUUAACCCAACAGCAAAGCUGUUGGAAGUGGCCUAUAAACCUGCUAUUACUACAAUGUUUUGGAGGCAUAAAACAAUAUUCUUCAAGAAAAUGUAAGUUUAAAACAGACAUUUAAAUUUAUGGGCGCUAAUGUGUGCUUCAGUCAUUAGAAAUCUGUCCUUUUUAUAAAGAAUAAAAAGGCAAUCUAUUUAGUGUGAUCAUGCCUAAAACACUUAUACUAAAUAAUUUAGUGUUUUCUGACCUUCCUACGUGUUUGCAACUCGCACGAUUUGUCGUUUUAACGCUUCUUUUUUUCGCUCUGCCGGCCGUUUUCUAAUAUGGAAAAAGGUCGUAACACAUGUUAUAUUUGAUAUGGAUGGUCUUUUACUUGAUACUGAAACACUGUAUACAGAAGCCUCGACGACUGUAUGUAGUGAAUAUGGGAAGACAUAUACAUGGGAUAUAAAGAAACAUUUAAUGGGUCAGAAAGAAGCAGUAUCAGCAAGGAUGAUCAUUGAUAAACUGGAGCUUCCAUUGACCGUUGAAGAAUACUUGACGAAGAUACAUGUGCAUCACGAGAGGCUGUUUCCUAACGUGCCAUUCUUGCCAGGUGCUGAAAAGUUGGUAAGACAUCUACACAGCCACAGAGUGCCUAUAGCUGUUGUCACAGGGUCCGCUACACAUGGUUUUGAGCUGAAAACUAGGAAACACAAAGAUUUCUUCUCGUUAUUUCACCAUAUCGUGUUAAGUGGGGAUGAUCCUGAGGUCAUUCAUGGUAAACCACAUCCAGAUGCAUUUGAAGUAGGAGCUAAAAGAUUUGCUGACAGUCCCGACCAUGCAAAGAUAUUAGUGUUUGAAGAUGCAAUUAAUGGUGUUACAGCAGCGCAUGCAGCUGGUAUGCCGUGUGUAUGGGUACCUCAUCCUCGACAAGAUAAGAGUAUUCUAGCAGAGAAAACUGAGCUGAUUAUAGAUUCUCUUGAAGAAUUUCAACCUGAAAUGUUUGGUUUGCCUCCAUAUGACACUUGAUGUAUCAGAUGUUAGGUCAUUUAGUUGAAUUAAUUUUAAAUUGAUUUGAAAUUGGGGAUUUUUUUGGCUGUGCAAGGUUUAUAAGCACACUUGGGAUUUUUAGCUCGACUAUUCAUAGAAUAGUAGAGCUAUUGGACUCGCCCAUGCGUCGGCGUCCGCGUCCCGAUUUGGUUAAGUUUUUGUAUGUAAGCUGGUAUCUCAGCAACCACUUGUGGGAAUGGAUUGAAACUUCACACACUUAUUCACUGUGAUAAACUGACUUACAUUGCACAGGUUCCAUAACUCUGUUUUGCUUUUUUACAAAAUUAUGCCCCUUUUUUGACUUAGAAAUUUUUGGUUAAGGUUUUGUAUGUAAGCUGGUAUCUCAGUAACCACUUGUGGGAAUGGAUUGAAACUUCACACACUUAUUUACUGUGAUAAACUGACUUACAUUGCACAGGUUCCAUAACUAUUUUGCUUUUUUACAAAAUUAUGCCCCUUUUUCGACUUAGAAUUUUUUGGUAAAGGUUUUGUAUGUAAGCUGGUAUCUCAGUACUCACUAAUGGGAAUUGAUUGAAACUUCACACACUUGUUCACUGUCAUGAUCUGACAUGCCAAAAGCAGGUCCCAUAACUUUAUUUUGCUUUUUUACAAAAUUAUGCCCCUUUUUCAACAUAGAAAUUUUUGGUUAAGUUUUUGUAUGUAAGCUGGUAUCUCAGUAUCCACUAAUGGGAAAGGAUUGAAACUUCACACACUAGUUCAGUGUCAUGAGCUGAUAAGCACUAUGCAGGUUCCAUAACCCUAUUUUACUUUUUUACUAAAUUAUGCCCCUUUUUCGACUUUCUUAUUCAUUCAAGCGACAAGGCUGUUAAAUAGUCGAGCGUUGCUGUCCUCCGACAGCUCUUGUUAUUUCUAUAUGUUAGGUUCAUACAACACAUGCAGGUUGUAUAUUCUGCUGCUUUAAGCUAAAGUAAUUGAUAUUUAACCUUUAGCCUGCUGGCGGCAAGUGAUCCUACCUGCGCGACCAGUGCAAACCAUGAUCACCCUGCACAGACAUUCAAUCAGUAAAUUUUCAGUGAACACCCCUUUAAAUAAUAAAUGGUAUUGCCCAGAUUGAAUGGUGGACCAGUUUAUUUUAGAAAUUUAGCCGGCUAAAGGUUAAGUAAAAACAUUUUGUGUUUGAAAGACUUCAAAGUUUUUUGGUAUUUCUGAAAUCAGCUAUGGCAAGGCAGAAACUUUAUUCCAGAUUUUAUGAGUUCAGAGACUGUUUGAGAUUACUGUUACAAAACAAGAAAAAAAUAAUUUCGUAACUUAUACGACAUAGGAUCUCAUUCAAAAGCAUAAAACAUGUAGGAAUUGAGUACAACAUCAUUUUUUUGCUCAAAAGAUUAAUUGAAAUUAGCAUAAUAUGUGCACCUGUGAUAUUUUAAUCACUUUGCUCCUGUGAUAUUUUAACCACUUAUUAUCUGUACUUUAUUAAUACAUGUGCUUUACAUAAAUGUAAUAAAAUGUAAAAGGUUGUAUAUUAAAGCAAUAAUCAUAAUAUUAUGCGGGUAUUUAAAAAUAAGAUAUAGCAGAAGUUUGAUUAUCAAGGGAGGUAAGCGUGAUAGACUUGAUGUAUCAAAUAAAAGUGCCUAAAUAUCAAAAACUUAUCUUUUUGUUAAAAAUUCAUUUGUUAUGGGAUACAUUAUAUUCAGAUUUAACUCUUGCUCAGUAGUUUGUAACAGUAUGUCCUUUAAACAUUACGAGAGGGUAAUAUUUCCAACAAACAAUUUUAUGAAGACAUAACCAGAUUAUUUCAAGCAUGUUUGCCUGAGUGAAUUUUUUUUCAGGCCUAUAACCGAUUCAACGUUUUAGAUUAAGUAAAAUAUUCUUCUGCUAUAUAUUAUUUCAAUUCUGAUGUGCCAUAUGCUGUAUCACUUUUUCUUGGGACCUAUAAAUAAGAUGACAUAAAAAAAUGCUUAGUCAUAUUAGAAUUAAUUUGAUCUAGGAAGAAUGGGUAUUUUUUUUUCUGAAAUAAUUUUACUACAGCUGAUCAAUCUUUGCUUGAAUAUCAAUGACUCUCUCAAAUUUGUGUUUGGAUCAUUCAAAACAUUUUGUGCAGCUCCUUUUGACUUGGGGCUAUGGUGUCUCCAUUUGACUUGGGGCUAUGGUAUCUCCAUUUGACUUGAGGCUAUGGUAUCUCCAUUUGACUUGAGGCUAUGGUAUCUCCAUUUGACUUGGGGCUAUGGUAUCUCCAUUUGACUUGAGGCUAUGGUAUCUCCAUUUGACUUGGGGCUAUGGUAUCUCCAUUUGACUUGAGGCUAUGGUAUCUCCAUUUGACUUGGGGCUAUGGUAUCUCCAUUAGACUUGAGGCUAUGGUAUCUCCAUUUGACUUGGGGCAAUGGUAUCUCCAUUUGACUUGAGGCUAUGGUAUCUCCAUUUGACUUGAGGCAAUGGUAUCUCCAUUUGACUUGGGCUAUGGUAUCUCCAUUUGACUUGGGGCUAUGGUAUCUCAUUUUGACUUGGGGCUAUGGUAUCUCAUUUUGACUUGGGGCUAUGACAUCUCCUUUUGACUUGGAGCUACUUGGGUAUUUUACUGUGUUAUACAUAGUUCAUAAAGGUUGUUUUACUUGGUUUAAAAUAUGGCUGCCAAUUUUGUUCUUAUGAACAUAAAAUGUAUUUUUGUCU